CCGUGUGCUGCRGGCUGUCUCUGUCGGCUCGAGGCUGAGGCUGCUUUGGAGCUGUUGCCGCCGCUUCACUUGAGGUGCAUUAAUUAACAACUUUUACCACUCCCUGAACACACCCACUACAGGAAGGAGAAGCCUGCUGAGAAUCUGGGAAGUGAAUGCCUCCCAAAUUAACAAGAUUUAUAUUGUUUUUUAGCAAAAAAAUGGCAGGCAAUGAUGCUGUUCUGAAGAGACUGGAACAGAAAGGCGCAGAGGCAGAUCAAAUCAUUGAAUAUCUUAAGCAGCAAGUUGCUCUUCUUAAGGAGAAAACAAUUUUGCAGGCAACACUGAGAGAAGAGAAGAAACUUCGAGUUGAAAAUGCUAAACUAAAGAAAGAAAUUGAAGAACUGAAACUAGAGCUGAUUCAAGCAGAAAUUCAAAAUGGAGUGAAGCAAAUACCAUUUCCAUCUGGUACCACGCUGCAAGCUAAUUCCAUGAUUUCUGAAAAUGUGAUACAGUCUUCACCAAUAACAACUAUAUCUUCUGAUACUAAAGAACAGAUAAAAGGAGGAGGAGAAGAAAAGAAAGUGAAAGAGAAAAUUGAAAAAAAAGGAGAGAAGAAGGAGAAAAAACAACAAUCAUUAGCAGGAAGUGUUGACUCUAAGCCAAUAGAUGUUUCCCGUCUGGAUCUUCGAAUUGGUUGCAUCAUUACUGCCAAAAAACACCCUGAUGCAGAUUCUUUGUAUGUAGAAGAAGUAGAUGUUGGAGAAACAGCCCCAAGAACAGUUGUCAGUGGCCUGGUGAAUCAUGUUCCUCUUGAACAGAUGCAAAAUCGGAUGGUGAUUUUACUUUGUAACCUGAAACCUGCAAAGAUGAGGGGAGUACUAUCUCAAGCAAUGGUGAUGUGUGCUAGUUCACCAGAGAAAGUUGAAAUUUUGGAUCCUCCUAAUGGAUCUGUUCCGGGAGACAGAAUUACUUUUGAUACUUUCCCUGGAGAGCCUGACAAGGAGCUAAAUCCUAAGAAGAAGAUUUGGGAGCAGAUCCAGCCUGACUUGUACACUAAUGAUGAGGGUGUGGCCACAUACAAAGGAGCUCCCUUUGAGGUGAAAGGGAAGGGAGUAUGUAGGGCUCAAACCAUGACCAAGAGUGGAAUCAAAUAAAGUGCUUCCAUGAUGAAGAMCAUUGGAGAAACUUUAAUAAUAAUAAAAAAGGAAUAUAUUUGCAACUUA